CCGGGCCUGGCGCAGGGCCUCCCGCAGCUGCACAGCCUCGUGCUGCGGCGCAACGCGCUGGGGCCCGGCCUGAGCCCUGAGCUCGGCCCGCUGCCCGCGCUGCGCGUGCUCGACCUGUCGGGCAACGUGCUGGAGGCGCUGCCGCCGGGCCAGGGUCUGGGCCCCGCCGAGCCGCCGGGCCUCCCGCAGCUGCAGAGCCUCAACCUCAGCGGCAACCGGCUGCGCGAGCUGCCCGCCGACCUGGCGCGCUGCGCCCCGCGCCUGCAGACCCUCAACCUCACGGGCAACCGCCUGGACGCCUUCCCCGCCGAGCUCUUCCGCCCCGGCGCGCUGCCGCUGCUCAGCGAACUGGCGGCCGCGGACAACUGCCUCCGGGAGCUCAGCCCCGACAUCGCGCACCUGGCCUCGCUCAAGACGCUGGACCUCUCCAACAACCAGCUCAGCGAGGUCCCGGCGGAGCUGGCCGACUGCCCCAAGCUCAAGGAGGUCAACUUCCGGGGGAACAAGUUGACAGACCGGCGGCUGGAGAAGAUGGUCCACGGUUGCCAGACCAAGUCCAUCCUGGAGUACCUGCGCAGCGGAGGCCGCGGCGGGCGGGGCAAGGGCAAGGUGGAUGGCCAGGACAAGGACGAGGCCCGCAGGAGGCGGCGCGAGAGGCGGAGGAGGGAGAGUGGCGAGGGGGAGGAGGACGAGGGGGACACCACCCGCAGGCUGCUGCUCCGGGUCCUGCACGUGUCCGAGAACCCCGCCCCGCUGACCGUGCAGGUCAGCCCCACGGUCAAGGACGUCCGGCCGUUCAUCGUGGGGGCCGUCGUGAGAGGCAUGGACCUGCAGGCUGGGAACGCGCUCCGACGGUUCCUCACCUCCCAGACGAAGCUCCAUGAGGACAUCUGUGAGAAGAGAACGGCAGCCACCAUCGCGACCCACGACCUCCGGGCCUUGCGGGGGCCCCUGCUCUACACCGCCCGCCCGCCGCACGACCUCAAGAUCGUCCCCUUGGGGCGCAAAGAAGUCAAGGCCAAGGACCUGGUGCGGCACUUGCAGCUGGAGGCCGAGGAGCACCGGAAACAGAAGAGGAGGCAGAACGUGUCGGGCCUGCACAGAUACCUGCACUUACUGGACGGGAAGGAGAGUUACCCCUGCCUCGUGGAUGCAGAUGGUGACGUGAUCUCUUUCCCACCGAUAACCAACAGCGAGAAGACGAAGAUUAAGAAAACAACUUCUGAUUUGUUUUUGGAAGUAACAAGUGCUACGAGUCUGCAGACCUGUAAAGAGAUCAUGGACGCCCUCGUGCUGAAAAUGGCAGAAAUCAACAAGUACACACUAGAAAAUAAAGAGGACGGAUCACUUUCAGAUCCUGAAGCUGACGUGGUCUCUGGACAGCCUCAGGGUCCCAACGCGAGCCCAAGUGCCGAGAAGGCCGGGAGUGCCCCACUGGUGGUGGAGCAGGUCCGGGUGCUGGACGAGGACGGGCACCUGAAGGUGGUGUACCCCUCCAAGACGGACCUGGGCCUCACUGCUCCCCACGUGACCGUGAUCCGCUGAGCCCCAGCCGCGGCGUGCCCGCCAGCUCCGCCACGCGGGUCCUCGGUUGUGCCUGUUGUACUGACGUUAAGUUAUUCGUUAUGUUCUCACCCCCGUGGUUUUUGAGAUCCACGCGUUCUGUUCGGUUGUCCAGACGGUUCUGUCCUGUGGCAGAGAUGCCCCUUGUCACGGGCUUGAAUCAUUUUGCCUUUCCAGCGCUGAACUGUUCUACUAACGCUUUUUACGAAAUUACUCAAAUCCUGGAAUUCACUGUUCAGAAUGUUCUGAAAUCAUAUGAACACAGCAAACACCUUUAUUCAGGGGGAAAAAGACUCUGAUGGGUUUGGGUAUUCAGCUCUAAACUGGGAAGCCCAACGGCUGCAUUUCCGGGAGCUGCACCAUUCUUCUUCGACACAGCGGCCUUGCGAGCUGCUCCCAGCCGCCGGCGGCCUCCACUUGGGAGUGACGUCCUGUUCCUAGCUUGCCCCACAUUGCCCUCUUUUUAUGAAAAAAAUAUUUUUAAGG